AUGGGAGAGGCAUCCUAUGUGAUUGGGAUAGAAAUAUUUCGGGAUAGGUCACAAAGAUUGUUGGGGUUGUCUCAAAAAGCCUAUAUUAAUAAAGUGCUAGAGAGAUUUAGAAUGGAAAAAUGCCCAUCAAGUCCCGUUCCAAUUCAUAAAGGAGAUAAAUUUAGUCUCAAUAAAUGUCCAAAGAAUGAAUUGGAACAAAAGCAAAUGAAAGAUAUUCCUUAUGCAUCAAUAGUUGGGAGCUUAAUAUAUGCCCAGACAUGUACGAGACUAGACAUCAGUUUUGCUGUUAGGAUGCUAGGCCGAUAUCAAAGUAAUCCAGGAAUGGACCACUGGAAGACCGCAAAGAAAGUAUUGCGAUACUUGCAAGGAACGAAAUAUUAUAUGCUCACUUGUAGAAGAUUUGAUCAUCUUGAUGUGGUUGGAUAUUCAUAUUCAGAUUAUGCUGGUUGUGUGGACAUAAGAAAAUCCACAUUUGGUUAUUUGUUCCUGUUAGCUGGAGAAGCAAUAUCGUGGAAAAGUGCGAAGCAGUCUGUUAUAGCUGCAUCCACUAUGGAAGCUGAGUUUAUGGCAUGCUUUGAGGCCACAGUUCAAGCUAAUUGGCUGCGGAACUUUAUUUCAGGACUUGGACUAGUCGACAGUAUUAUCGAGGCGUGGAAACUUUAUUGUGAUAACUCUAACAAUAGUCUUGCUUCUCUAAAAACGACAAGUAUUCAAAGGGUGCUAAGCAUAUGGAAUUGA